GCGGCUGGCGGCGAGACCCCUGUCGUCGUCUUCGUCGCCGUCGCCCCCCCGCCCCGCCAGCCUCGACGCUCCCGGCUGCUUCGCCCGCGCACGGACUGGGGGGCGGGGGGCGGGGCCCGGCCGGCUCCGCCUUCUCCUCCCGCUGCCGCUGCCGCUGCCGCCGCCCGGAGCCCCCCCUCCCCCGGCCCGCACCGCCUGGCUGCCGCGCUGCCCCCUCGCGGGCCGGCCCCGGUAGAGUGCCUGGCUGGCCGGCCAGCCGGCCGACCAAGCGACCCCGCGGGCAGGCGGGCCCAGCGGCGCGGCCGGGGCGAGGAGGCCGGCGCGGCGGCGAGAGCGGCUCAAGAGCCUGCGGGCGGCGCUGGGGCGAGGCAGCCGGACGGCACCUUGGCGGGCCCGGGGGCGGCGGGGAGGCCGGGCGCCGCGGGGGCUGACCUGGCCCGGCUGCUGCCGUGGGGCGCCGGCGUCGACCGCCCAGCCAGUGCCAUGGAGUACCUCCUGCUGUCCGUUUUGGUGUUCUGCAGUUUGGCCCGGGCUCAGGUGUGUCCCAAGCGCUGCAUGUGCCAGAACCUGUCGCCCUCUCUUUCCAUCCUUUGCACCAAGACUGGCCUCCUCUUCGUGCCCACAGUGAUUGACCGUCGCACAGUGGAGCUGCGCCUGACUGACAAUUUCAUCACGGUUGUCCGCCGAAGGGACUUCACCAACAUGACCAGCCUGGUGCACCUCACUCUCUCGCGCAACACCAUCAGCCAGAUCCUGCCCUCCGCCUUCGCCGACCUGCGCGGCCUGCGCGCCUUACACCUGGACAACAAUCGCCUCCUCUCCAUUGGCGGAGACCAGCUCAAGGGGCUGCCCAAUUUGCGCCACCUGAUCCUCAGCAAUAACCAGCUCCAGGACAUCUCCCCCGGAGCUUUUGAUGAGUUUGUUGGCACUUUGGAGGACUUGGAUCUCUCCUACAACAAUCUGGUCCAGGUCCCCUGGGACACCAUCCAGCGGCUCCACAACGUCAACUCCCUCAACCUUGACCACAACCUGAUCGAGUACGUCCCCGAGGGGGUCUUCACCAACCUUCUCAAGUUGGCCCGUCUGGACAUGACGUCCAACAAGUUGAAAAAGAUCCCUCCCGAUCCCCUCUUCCUCCGGAUCCCCGUGUACGCCAAGUCCAAAGGCUCCCCGCUUUCCUCCCUGGUCCUCAGCUUUGGAGGGAACCCGCUGCAUUGCAACUGUGAGCUGUUGUGGCUCCGGAGGCUCACCAGGGAAGACGACCUAGAGACCUGCGCCUCCCCGCCGGACCUCCUGGGGAAAUAUUUCUGGACUAUCCCUGAGGAGGAGUUCAUCUGUGAGCCCCCGGUCAUCACUCGCCACACGGGGCACUUGGUGGUGACGGAGGGCGAGGCGGCUGUCCUUCGUUGCCGUGGAGCCGGCGACCCAGAGCCGUCCAUCCACUGGGUGUCUCCAGAAGGCAAGGUGGUGGCCAACACUUCCCGGACCAUCUUUUAUGACAACGGCACCCUGGAGCUCCUCAUUGCCACCCUCCAGGACACUGGGGUCUUCACCUGCAUCGCCUCCAAUGCGGCGGGCGAUGCCACCACUUCGAUCGAGCUGCUGGUCAACCCCUUGCCUCACCUCUCCAAUGGCUCUGCCCCCAAAGUCCCAGCGGCUGCAGGGCCCUCCGACAUCCUCACUUCGGCCAAGGCUGCCCUUCCUUCGGGUGCCAACGAAACAGGGGCCUCUCAGGAAAAGGGGGUGGUGGCCUCAGAGCUCUCCUCCUCCUCCGUGCUGAUCCGUUGGUACCCUCAGUGGCACAUCCCUGGCAUUCGGAUGUACCAGAUCCAGUACAACAGUUCCUCGGAUGACACCUUAGUGUACAGGAUGAUCCCUUCCUCCAGCAAGGCCUUCCUGGUGAAGGAUUUGGCCUCCGGGCGGGACUACAACUUGUGCAUUUUGGCCGUCUACAACGAUGGGGUCACCUCCCUGACCGCCACCCGGAGCUUGGGCUGCGUCCAGUUCAGCACCCCGCAGGAUGCACCCGAGUGCCACUCGCUCCACACCCAGUUCCUGGGCGGGACCAUGAUCAUCAUCAUCGGGGGCAUCAUCGUGGCAUCUGUGCUGGUCUUCAUCAUCAUCCUCAUGAUCCGCUACAAGGUCUACAGCGGCCCGGAUGAGCACAAGAAAGCCAAAGUCAGCAACGUCUACUCGCAGACCAACGGGAGCCAGCCCCCCCUGCCCUGCUCCGCCUCCAAGCCUGAGGAGUGGGGGACGGACCCCUCUGUGGCUGGCCGGGUGAGGAGGGACUGCAGCAUUCUCGCUCUCAGCAAGGAUUGCGAGAAGGGGCCACGGGGCCACCCCCCGGAGGCAGGGGCAGAGGAGGCAUCGUCCCCGCACAAGAGGAGGUGGUCACGGACUAACAUAGAUCUCCAUAACAGCAGUGCUGGCCCAGGGGUCUGCAGAGCGGAAGAGCCAGAUUCCCAGCUGAUGCCACCAGCUGGCGAGAGAAAGAAUGGCAGCGAAUGGACUGACGUCAAGAUCUGAGCUUAGUUGCCCCACCCCCCCUGCAGUGGGAACAAGGCCUGGGUGUCUGGAACCCCCAGAUGUGUGCAUUUGCUGGCGACUGCAGCUAACCCCUCCUGGGCAUCCCUCUGACCUUCUAACCUCGAAGUGUGAUGGAUCAGCAGUGGGAUCAGUGCCAGCCUGCUCGGGCUGGAUUGGGUCCACCAGAGAGGGCUGAGAUGCCAGGAGGGGCCACACCCAGAGGACAAAUGGUUGAGUCUCUGGUUUCUGCACUGUUUCUCCACUCUUCCACCCUAAGGGUGCUUCCAACCAUGGGGUAGGGUGGACAGGCAACCUGGACUCUCAGUAACAUGUGGGGGGCCUCUACAUUUGCCGGGGUCACUGCUGCUCUCUCUUGGCUGGCACCAUUUCUACUGGACUCUCUCGCGGACUCCUGUUUAUUAACUAUUUUUUGGUUGUUGUUUUUCUAAACCAUGUCUGCAAUUUUCUAAUAAACUCAGUUGAAAAUCCGUAAGAGACAGAGUGGGGCAAAGACACCAUGUUGAAUGUAUGUGUCUUGUAGGAACAUUUUAAUGAAGGAUGAGAAUGAGGA